GUAAAUGGGUUGGAUAAAUAUUUAAGCUUAAGACAACAACUCCAUCUUCUUAACUUGUAAUCUGUCUCCUUCUUCUAUCAUUUUAACAUUUAUAUCAGGUAAACUGAUUUGAAGAGGGACAGAAUCAAUCGAGUUCAAUUUUUCAUCUACUUGGCGGGAUUCACUGAAUAGCUCUUGAAUUCUUUCAUCCUCCUCUUCGUCAAGUGCAUCAUCGAAAUUAUUUCUCCUAUCUGUAGUUAGCAAAUUUUCAAAAGUGUGGUGAGGAUAAGUGACUGGAGAUUGAUUAGUUCCAUAUCUUGUAUUAUCUUUAUCCAUAUUCGUUAGGGGUGAGGCAUCCUUUCCUCACUUUAAGAGUCUCUGAGUAUGAAUUUGAGAAAUUUCUAUGUCAUUUUCAAGUUUCUGAGCAAAAUCUUCUUUUAUUAUAUCAUUGCUUUGCUCAAAUUGUUUUGAAUCAUCAUCCUCUUCAUUUUGAGUCUUUUGUUUUGUAAACAAGCAUCAGAAUAGAUUACUAUUUGAUUUAUUUUGAUUUAGAGAAACAUGAAACCAUGUUCUUCCAAUCUGAAAUACGUUAUUGGUGGAGUCUUUUUCAUCGAAAGCUUGUCCGCUUCUCAUCAAUGUUUGGGUGCCAUAUCUUGUUUCAAAAUCCUUAACGAUUAACUCCUUAAAGCCUUAUCUUGAAUUCUCAAUGGAAUCUAGAAAUUGAGGGAUCUUCAAGCAUGAACUCUGCAUCGCAUCCUCUUCCUACUUUCCAGCUGGUCAAAUUUUUAUUUUUAAAAAUAUAAAUCGAUUUGGAAGUAUGUCUGUCACACUUUUCAGGCCAAAAGGUUUCAAAGACGAAAUAGGGUUCUUCAGGCUCAUUGUAGCUUAGCAGAUUUUCAUAAAUUUCAUUAUUUUCAACUUCUGUUGGGUAAGGAGUAUUUCAUAACUCACAAUAGGUGGUCUUCCAAGUAUAAAUGUGAGUAUAUUCGUUCAAGAUUUUGUGAUUCUUUUGAGAGUCCAUCCAUGAGCGGAGACAAUCUAGAUGUAGAAGCCCUUGAGUCCCUUUACAGUUUCAAGGGCUUAUCAAAGGAUUUAGUGCGCUAAAAUCAUUGCUUAAUCAAAACCUUCAGGAAUCAUCUUUUUCUGCUUCUUCAUCAUCCUUAUCUUUACCGAAAGAGUCUUUAUUAUUAAUAUUUUCUUGUUUGAGACUCCUUUGGUCUCAAUAAUUAGUUUUAUUCUGUUCCUUUAAGAAGGCAAUGUCUUCAUCGUUUCAAAUUUUUAGUAGUUUCAUUUUAAGCCUUCCUAUUUUUAUGAUAUCUCUUUCUUUAAUCACAAGUCCUUUUGAUUUAGUAUGAAUAUUUUUGAGUUUCUUUCCCCAGUUGAUACUCUUUGUAACUCUCCAAAGAUCCCUCGAUGAACUUUCGGCUUCUAAAGACUCUAGGAUAUCCUCUGCCUCUCUGAUAUCAUUACAUCCUCCAAAUAGGUCAUGUAGUUGAGAGUUUAUUGCUUUAAGACCUUGAGAGGGGUUCGAGUAGUUUAGGAUUAGGAGUAGCUGAUUGAAACUGUAAAAACAUAAUCCGUUUUUAUGCAUAAGCACUCAAAAAAGAAAACUACAUUUAACUUUCUCUCCUUCAUUUGAUUGCUUAAAAGAUUUUUUGAAUUUCUCAGCUUCAAAUAUUGUGUUAAACUGCUUUAUAUCAUUGCCUACCCUGAUGAAUACUUGAGAAAUAGGUUUUACAACAAGAUUACUAUAGACACAGCUCUUAUCUUUAUAAUCUAAUAGCUCAUAUAAAGUGUUUGUUUUCAAUUCAUUAUCUCCCCAAUUGUAGAAAUCAAUUUUAAGCUUAUCUUUGGUUCCUUUCUUACAGUAUUGCUUGCUUUCAUAAUGUUUCG